AUGAGUCAAGAAGAUAGUCAUGGUGGUGAUCAGACACCCGAGCAUUGGUUUUCUAAUUUUGAGGAUGAAUGUUUUGACGAAUUAGAAAGUCAAGGAAGAAUAGAGCCCCGACUUCAGUCAGCUGAAGAGUAUGCAGCUCAACAGCUCUGGCAGGGGUUUCAACAAACUUCAACAGCGAUCGCACAGUUGUAUAAUUAUAAAGAUGUUGCCCAUGAUGGCUAUGUUCUUUUGGUUCCAUUUAACAGAGCUGCAGAAUCUUUAACAAAAUUUUAUAAAGAUAGUCUUCAUAACGCUCGAGAGUGCCUGAGGCUGGGAGUCCAGUGUGGUAGAACCAGUCGUGCUAGAGACAUUGCUGCAUGGGCUCGGAAAAAGAGAAAAUGCAUACGCAGAGAUGAACUUUUGGCUUACUUGUGCGGUAAAAGUCUGCCACCCCAUGCCCACAACAACAGAAGUAGACGGAGUAUAGAGAGGCAAGUGCCUCGUCGCACAUCUCAUCCGAAUGAUGUCAUUGACUCCAUGGAAUACCCAGUGAGGGAGACUAUUGCUUUACAAAAUUUAAAUGGUGGAAUAUCAAACAACAUGAACCACAGUCGACCAAGCAUCAACUCUUCCUGCACUGGUAGCUCUUUCUCUAAGCCACCUGUGAUGGAUGACUACAUCUAUCCUGACGACAGGGUCUGGAACUCGGAGGCGAGAAAGAGGAGUAGUUCCUUCUCAUCCACUGAUGUCAACAUGGAGUCCCCAUCAAGAAAGAGAGGAAGAUUUCAGUGA